CCGACGCUGUCUUGUUUGAAUAAGUUGAUAGUGAUAGUAAUAUGUUAGAAAUAAGUUAUAAUUUGACGUAAAGUUAGUCUAUAUCUAAUUACGUUACACUUCUAAGGCAUGUAACUUGAAAGUUUUCUUUAUCGAAUAAAACAUAAGCAGAAAAGUUUUGCAACUGUGGUGAUUGUUUUUAUACAUAUUUGCACUUUACAACUUUUUGAGUAUUAAUAGUAUUAGUACCAGUAGUUAUAAUGUUUAAUUCUUAAAGUGAAACUUCGCUAUAAAAGUUUUGGAUAAACAUCUAUAAAUCUCCGUAAUGGCAAACUCCUUUGGACUGAUGGACAAAACAACUGAACAGAUGAAGAAGGUGGAAUCUUAUAUCACUACUGGAAAGGAAAUGACAACAGAUUUAACAGAAGAAUUGUUAAAAGUGUCAGAUGAUUCAGCUCCACAGGAUGAACUCAACAUUUUAAAAGAUGUUAUGCUUCAACACCUACGAAUGCAACAAAAUAUACACCAGUACCUACAAGCUGUGAACAUUGCAAAAAUGAAGAUCUCAUCAGAGUGUGAGUCUGAUGAAACCUCAUCAGUUUCUUAUUCUAGUAUAUUGGAAUCAUCAUUGAAGGAGACUUGUCAAGAAAUAACAUCUGAGGCACUUCAGAACACGCCAGAUUACAAAACAUUCACUGCAAUGAUUGAUGACUAUCUUCAACCAGAAGAGGCUUUGGUCAAAGAGACUGAGUUAGAUGAUGAUAUGAUACUGACUCAGACAGUUGUCAUUCCCAAAGAUCCAAUAUCUCAGAAGGAAGUGAGUGAACCAGUCAAGAACAAGUUUUGUGGACAUACCUAUGAGAAGACUACUAUCCUACAGUAUAUUGGUAAAAAUAAGCAUGUCAGGUGCCCUUAUAUAGGAUGUUCUAAUGCACAGGUUUUGAAGCGAGAUCACCUAGUGGAAAACAGUGAAAUUAAAAGAUUACUUGAACGUCGACACAGGCAACAGGAACGAGAAGGCAGAUGAAACAGCAAACUAUUUUUCUAUUUUAGAAUAAACCUUCAUGAUUUGCAAAGUAACACAUCUUGGUUUUAAAUGUGUUAUUUGUCAUUCUUCUUGACAAGAAACUUGCCCUUUUUAAAAGUACAAGAAAGAUAUAACAUCUGGUACUUUAGCAUUUCAAUAAACUGGAAAUUUCCGAAGUAAGUUUAUUGUUUUUUGGCAUA